AUGCGAUUCAGAAACACCGUCGAGAGGCUCGACAGGCCAAGCGCUUACUUCAACAGCAGACACAACAAGCGUCGUCGCAACGAUCGCGACAAUCGAGAUGGCGAGAGUGAGGAGAAUGGCCAGCCGGAGCAGCCGCAAGAGGACCCUCUGAAGGAUGCUACUACCCUCUACGUUGGCAACCUCUCGUUCUACACCACCGAGGAGCAGGUCUACGAGCUGUUUAGCAAGUGCGGCGAGAUCAAACGCCUGAUCAUGGGUCUCGAUCGGUUCAACAAGACGCCUUGCGGCUUCUGCUUCGUGGAAUACUACACUCACCAAGAUGCGCUCGACUGCAUGAAGUACAUCGGUGGCACCAAGCUCGACGAGCGCAUCAUCAGGACGGAUCUCGAUCCUGGAUUUGAGGAGGGCAGGCAGUACGGCAGAGGAAAGUCGGGUGGACAGGUCAGAGACGAGUAUCGUGAGGACUUCGACGAGGGCCGUGGCGGUCUGGGCCGAGCCAUCCAAGACGAUUCCUAUGAUCGUAGGUAG